AUGAUUGUGAUCGGGAGAGGCUGUUCGCAGAGAGACCAGGGCUGGGACACACGGUGUGAACAGCGCCCGACCGCCAGGCUCCGGCACAGUAAAAGCAAAUUGAUUUUAUUUCUCCUUUUGCAAACUAAAAAGGGGGAGAAUCAAUCGUCUCCUAAUUUUAAUCAGCACGUCAGAGAUCACGCCCGGAACACCGACCAACUGAGCAGGAGACACAUCCGCGUUUACCAGCUGUACAGUCGCACCAGCGGAAAGCACGUCCAGAUCCUCGGCAAGAGAAUCAACGCAACCGCUGAAGAUGGCAGCAAAUAUGCCAAACUACUGGUGGAAACGGACACGUUCGACAGUCGAGUGCGUAUUCGGGGCGCGGAGACGGGACAUUACAUCUGCAUGAACAGAAGAGGGAAGCUUGUUGGAAAGCUGGUCGGCAAGGGCAAGGACUGCAUUUUCACAGAAAUAUUGCUGGAAAAUAACUACACAGCAUUGAGGAACACCAAAUAUGAAGGAUGGUACAUGGCAUUCACCAGGAAAGGCCAGCCCAGGAAAGCAACCAAGACCAGGCAGAACCAGAGAGAAGUCCACUUCAUGAAAAGACUGUUCAAAGGGGAGCCUCUCUUCCCCAACCGCGACCGGCAAAGGCACUUUGAGUUUGUAAAUUACCCCGUCACCAAAAGGUCUCGAAGGACGCGACUUCCAAAACGUCACCGGACCUAGACUCGGACUGGCAAUAUUUUUUAAAUAAGAUGUUUUAUUUUUUUAUACUUCAUUUUAAUAGGUAGGCAGCGCGGACAGGAGCAGGUUUUUAAAAAAAUAAAAUAAAAAUCGAAUUGAAAAAAAAAAAAUGACA